AUGAGUUUACCGGGUAGCGGAGUGGACAUGUCUGCUCUGAUGUCUCAGCACCCCGUUUUGGGCGCAAUACCGCCGGCUUUCUUCCUCAGAGCCUCCGAACGGUAUCAGAGAACUCCGAAAUGUGCAAGAUGUCGGAAUCACGGUGUCGUGUCGGCUUUGAAGGGCCACAAGCGGUACUGCAGAUGGAGGGAUUGUAACUGUGCCAAAUGUACGUUGAUUGCGGAACGCCAGCGGGUGAUGGCGGCUCAGGUGGCAUUGAGGCGACAGCAGGCUCAGGAGGAGAACGAGGCCAGGGAGUUAGGGAUACUGUUUCCGACGCAGAUGCCUCAUCAGAAUGUCGGCGAAAGUCAAGUACCGCCAGUUAGUACCGCUUCCGAGUUAGGGAUGGCUCCUGUUAUGCAGAGGAGCGCCUUCACCAGUGCUUCUGAUUCUUCAGAGGCUUCUAGUCCAAUACCAGAAGAAAUAAUUAAAAUAAUGCAAGCAUCAGAGAUAGAAGCUUUAGAGAUGACAUUUUCAGAAAAGACAUUUUCAAAGAUGGAUAUCUCAAGGAUGGUGGUGAAGUAUUUAGAGAAAGGAGGAGUAUCUUAA